AUGACCACAAGCAUCACAGACGCCCGCUUUACCCACCUCCACGCUACCCCGCGGUACAUUCUCGCACUGCUGACGGACGAGCCGCCCGAGAGCGGCUGGUCCGUCAUGCCGGGCUACGACGAGAACGUGUCGUUUGCCGCACACCUCGAGCCGCCCCGCCUCGACGCGGACGAGACGCUGCCGUCACAGGUUCACCCGUCGUACCCGUACGGCAGGCCCAAGACAGCGGGGUCCAAGCCCGGCGCCGGCGCUGGCGGGGCGGGUGCACGCGCCGCAGGCAACCUCCUCGAACCCGGAGGCCGGAUGGACGAGAAGUGGGAGGAGCUGGACCUCUCCGCUGUGCUCGAGCACUCGGACGGACGUGAGGUGCCCCCCGUCAUGGCGGGCUCCAAGCGGCCACCAUCACCGUCAUCUCCCGACCUGCGACCCCACCACGUGCCUCAGCCGCGCUCGUUGCAUCUCCGCCGCCUCCUCGAGCGCCAGCGCCAUGCGACACCGCCUGUCCCCGCAGACCCAUUUGACGCGCCCGUGCCCAACGAGACAUACGCCGAAGACGACCCCGAAAACGCAGCUCGCGGGGCAGAGCAGGAUGCCGAGCCGCCACAAGCCCAGACCCCAGAGUAA